GCAAUGAUGCUUUCACUAUUGACAAGACUGUCAAUGUGUUGCAUAGAAUGGCUAGUGUAUUUUGCACUUACGCCUUGUAUCGUUUUGCUACACCUGUGAUCAGUAGUUUACAGACAGUUGUCAAUAAGUUGAGUUUGCAAGAUAGCACAUACACUAUAGCAAUUUUGCUGCUAGUAGAUGCUCAAAUGGCAAAUGGUCAGCAUCAUGAAGCUGUGCAUAAUCUAGAACUGAUUGGCCAUGAUUGUUUGAAACCUUGUGACAUGAAAGCAAAAUUGGGUGAUGUACUGUCUAAUGUCAAGUUUGGCAGUCAUCAUGGCACUUGUUGCUAUCAAAUUGGAAUGAGGUGCAUCACGUUUGGGUUUUAUGCGCAUGCCGAAGCGUUUUUACAUCACAUAGAAGUAUCUACAUGUGAUCUUGUCAUGAAACUGAAAGUGAGGCAUGCAUUUGCCAUCUUGUUACGACAAACUAAUAAACUGGAUGAAUGCAAACAAGCAUACAAAGAAUUAUACAAACAAGCAGCAGCGGUGUCUGGAUAUUGUGAGUAUCAAAUUAAAGCUCUUAUUGGUCAAGGAGAGCUUGCAUUUGGGACUGAUAGUGCAUUUGAUCUGUACAAUCAAGCUUUCCAUUUGUGUUGCUUUGGGAAGAAACAGAUCACACCAGAUCUACGUACUGAAGUCAUGUUGAGACUUGCUGAAUCCUCUGAUCCAGCUACUGCUAAAGGAAUUUAUGAAGAUUUAAUGAAGAUAUUUAUUCAAAAUGAAGACAACCAAAUGCUUUCUGCUUGCUGUUGCAAACUUGGUGAAUUAUCCGUUGAUGAAGCACAUGAAGCAUUAAGGUUCUUCACUAACGCUGUGGAGGCUGCAAAGCAAUGUGGUGACAUCUUUGUACUAGCUCAAGCACAUUGGUUUCGAGGCUGUUGUCAGCGUAAAUUUCAGCAGUCAGAUUGUCGUAAGCAAGCAGAGCAAGAGUUUAGAAAGUCUGUCAUGUGUGCAGAAGAAGUACGCAAAAAGAAUGUACCAUCAAGAUUGCUUUUGUCUGAUAACGUUAUUUCUCUGUGUGAUGCAAUGGUCACACGAGAUAGUUGUCAUGCUCAAAAGAUUAGAAUUGCAAUAGCUCACUGCAUUGAAGCAUACUCAUGGAGUGAGCUUAAUGAGAGUGACAGAGCUCUAGAGCUGUACAGAUCAGCUAUCGUUCCACUCUGUGAGGUUAAACACUAUCUUGCAGUCAGAGAUACUGGAUUACAGUGUCAGGUAAUGCCUUGGUUUGACUUGUGUUACAAAUCUGUUUGUUCUUGGCUGAAACAGCGUCAGUCUGCUUUUGAGUUGCUUUUUUUGCAAGGCAAUUUUGAAGAAGCUCUUGUAAUAUCAGAAUUAGAUCGAUCUUUUAACCAGCUAGACACAUUAAUUCAACUACGAGAGCAUGGGGUCCAAGUCGACUUGAAUUUUACAAUUGAUGACAUUAAAAAAGUUAUUCAAAAUCAAACAGCAACUGUGGUUGUGUACAAAGAGAUGAAUGGUUUCGUCUACAUAUUUGUAGUUGACCCUAACACGGGACUAGUUCAUGGUGCAAAGAGUCCAUUGUGUUAUCAUUCCAUUGAAGCUGUUUGUUGGGAGCCUUUACGGUUGGACUAUGUCAGCUCAUCUUCAUCAUCCAUGCCUGGUUAUCCUGACUUGAAACGAAAACAUUUAGAAACAUUGUAUGACAAUCUUAUUCGUCCGAUAGAAGACAUGCUGCCUAAGAAAAAUUCAAGUUUGGCUUUGGUCACUGAUGCAAAAAUUGCAUCUGUACCAUUUGCAGCUCUUCAGAAAGAUUACCAGAGUUUAGAUAUUACUCAGCAAUAUAGCAUCUAUCACAUUCCUUUGGUUUACAGUCUGAAACUAGCACAGACAGACUUGAAGACAGCUUGCAAUUGUGCUGUUGUGGCUGCUCCUGGCUUCAUUUGUGAAACUACAAAAGAGCAAUAUUUAGACUCGUCUGCAUUGCCCGAUUCUAUAGUUGAAGCACGCAUUGUUGCUUCACACUGUCAGUCCUCUCCAUUUGUCAAUGAGUUGGCUACAAAGGAAAUGGUUUUACCUCAUUUUCCACAUGCAAACCUUAUUCACAUUGCAACACAUGGGAAGUAUUGUAAUGGUUGCAUUCAUCUUAAGUUUUACUCUUCUGAAAUGGUGGGUAAUGUUCCAAAGCACUCAGUGUUAUCUGGAAAUGAGAUUAGGGGCUUGAAGCUUCGAGCAAUGUUAGUUGUUUUGACUGCGUGUGUUAGUGGAUUCAAUCACUUUCAGCUUGGUGGAAGAAUGGGGCUAUCGAGUUCAUUUUUUGUAGCAGGAGCCCAGGCUGUUUUAGUAACUUUGUAUCCAGUAGUAGAUGCCUAUACUAGACUCUUGAUGAGCUUUUUUUACUGGAAGUUACGUAACAACUAUACAAUCGCUGAGUCUUUGCAGAAAGCCACACUGCUGUUAAGGGUUGUUAUCAAUGAAGAAGACCCUCUUGCUUGGGCUAGUUUUCUGAUUGUUGGAAGUGGCAGUGCGACUGUCUCUUUUUCUAAAUCACCUAUUUAUAUUUCUCACGUUGAUUCUUGUCACUACUUUGCGGGAAGUGAAGACGUUAUGGAUAGUUUGCUCCGUUGGCAUACAUCUGACAACGUUUAUAAAAUAAAGAUAAUAAGUGGACCAAGUGGAAGUGGGAAAGUGACCUUGGUAAGUGAAAUGCUCUCUAGGGUUGGCUCACAAUAUAGAACUAUAAUUAGAAUCAGAGACGACCAUCAGCACGCCUUUAAAGCUGCUGUGGAAGAAUUGACUCUACACUUUCACUCUUUAUUUUACAAAGAGGAUAAAGUUGGCCAGCUCAAUUGUAGUACUGAUGAGGGCAAGACUAGCCUUCUAAUUUUGGAACGUGUUUCCAAGUAUGAAGAUAUAGAGAAGAUUGCUCAAAGAUUUAAAGGAAGAGUGAUGGUAACGACUGAGUAUAUAAGUGAAGAUGAUUCUUUGGUGGUGAAAAAAAUGUCUCAGGAAGAGAUUAAGGGGUGUUUUGUAGUCAUGCAAGAGAUGUCUACAGAAGAUGGAAAAAGGUGUUUUGUGGCAAACUUCGGCGAUAAUUUUUUUGAUGAAAAUAAUGGGAAUGUGACUGACUGUUCUUGCACAGUGGCUUCUCUAUUUGCCAAUCGUAAUCUAUUAGGGUACCCACUGGAGACCUUGCUUGCUUCUUUAUGUGUGCGGUUAAAGUGCGUAAUGCUGAAACACUUGUUGUCUAACCUGGACAAGAGAACGAAUGGAACAGAACAGAAAAGAGCUAUUAUUAUAGAAUUUCUUGUUUACAAGAUUGUUGAGUCAUUGUCAGAAAGAGUGUGUGCUGUUCUUUUCUUGUGUUCACUUCGUGAUUGUCGAUCUGCACCAAAGUCACUACUGGUAGACACUUUGGCUAAUUGCAAUGGAAGAGGAAGGCCACUGACAAGACAGGAAGUUGAAGAUGACAUUGCAUAUGCUGUGGAUUUGAAGCUUGUCUCUCGAGAUCACAAUGCAAUUGUAUUGAAGCAUAAUUUGUCUAAUGCAGACUAUAGUGAAAGUGUAGAAGUAAUUUCUAUGCAUCCUUGGAUGCAGUCAUUGCUUGGUCAAGACCUAUCACAUUCCUUUGUUGUGCGGAUUGCACACAACUUCUGUCGAGCUUUAGUUGAGCAUUUCAACAGUAAUAACAUUCCUGUCAGUCAUUGUGCAUUAUUGACUGCUCUUGGAGUAGCAUUUUGUAAUCUGCUGUUGCUGGACAAUAUUCAAUUGCACAUGUUCGAAGAGGAAAGUGUAGAUGAAGUCAAACAGCUUAUUAAGUGCCUGGAAAAUUUCUCGUGGCCAAAGAGAUUUCACUCCAAAGUUACCAGAGUGUUGAAAGACAAAUUGAAUGCCGGUUCUUCACAAAGGCAACUAGUUCAGUUGCUCAGUUCUACUCUUGGAAUUGAUCUGAUGGCUGUUACGAAUCAUUGCAGGUCAGUGGGUGACAAUGUGAUUGAUUUGAAACCAUCACACCUCAUUAUUGUGUCCAACGAAUGGCUGAUGCAACCUAAACAUUGGGAUAAGGAGAUUUUGAAGCGAGCUCACAGAAUGGAAUUUCUUCAAAGUUUGCUGCGAAAACCUUUGCCACAGGGUUGUAAGGAUAACUGGGAACUUCAUGGUGUUUCUGGUGUUGUCAAUGCUCUCAUCUAUCUUUCUAUAACACAACCCGAUCUAAUGAAACUAAUCACUGUUACUGAUCGUAUGAUUAUUGUUGACCCUCAUCAUGUCCAUAUGUGGUGGCUCAUUGUAGUCAAUAUCAACAGUCAAUCGAACAGUGAGCAAAUGACCUUUCCAUCAGAAUCAGUUGGUGGAGAGCAGCGACACAUUUCACAACGUUUAAAUGACACAACUAAUAUGACAAUCAAGCAAGGCGCUUCCAAAGUAUUAUCAUCUACUAUUUCUAAUUAUGCACCUCUGGACGGGAAUCAUCAUCAUCCUGAACUUCCACGUGUGACUGAAGAGCAUUUAGCAAGCUUUAGUGGUAACUUAGUUGAUGUUGAUCAACAUUUUGUUGAGAGCAGUAGCGAAGGUCCUUCAGGUCAUCAAUUAUCAGAUUCUGAAGGGCUUGAAACUAAAGUGGAUUUUAUGGGAAGUAAACGGGGAACACAAUUGAAGGACUCUGAGCGAGAUUCUGCUGCAAACUCGCAGAUGCAGAAGGACGUGGCUACUGACUUUACCACUGAGCAAAAAGUUGUACAACAAAUUGGCUUAUUUCUACUGAAUUUGCUUCGAUAUAAGCAAGGCUGUAGCCCUCUACCAGAAACAGUUUUGCCUCUUUCCAAAGUGAGAAAGUAUAUUAUACAGGAUUGUUUACAAGAGCUUAACAAUAUCAUUAUGGAGAGCGUUUCUGGAAGUGUCUCUCUUCGUAAGCUUGGACAAAGACUGAAACAACUUACCUCAGAUCAAACGAUAUAAGCCAUGUGAUCUCCUCAUUCUUGGACACACAGUAAGCCUAGAUGUUACCCUAAGACAGUGCGGAAGGUUACGAAGUGGGGCCAGGUAUACGUAUCGGAUGCUUGGAUGAAAGCAAGUUGUCUUGAAGUGAUUAUUUACUAAUGUCAACUAUCCACAUGUGCAGGAGGUGUACAAGGCUGUGACUUUUAGUGUUCUGCAUUUUACUUGAAGAGUUGUAAUAUGUGACAUUUGUUUAGUACUUUCUAUAUUUGUUCAUUUGUGCAUUGCAGUCUUAGAACUUGUCAUUUUGUGCAGAAAUGUUGUAUACUUUACCCGUUCUUAGUUUUUGUAAUGUCUAUUCUUCAUUAUACCUGCUUUGUGAGACAAUUGUUUAUGACAUAUACUAUCUAACGCAC